GGAUUCAGUACUUCGCGUGAGUUACUUCAGCAGCCACAGUAUAUGGACUCAAAACUAGGAUCGUACAGAGUGGUGGCGUUCUUCAAUGUCUCUCUGCUCGUCCUGACAUUGGCUUCGGACGUCACGAUCAACACGUCCGAUCUUGUCGCGUUGGCCGCCAUACUCAUGUCGCGCUUCAUGCUCCAUCUCCGACAAACCAUAUACAGCAAGCGGACUCUUGUGCAGACUACUCGUUCCAGCAAUUCCUUGAUGGGAAAUAUGGGAGAAUACCUGGAUGAUGACUCGGACAACGACUCGGAAGACGAACUGAUAUUUGAGACCGCAGGUGGAGUGCAAGACCCGACUAGAUCAAUCUCCGACUCGGACUUCGUACCAUGAUCAAGUAACUUACUGCAGAAGAGCCAACGUUGUUUAUUGGUUGAUGCGUGUAGCAACUACAAUAUGCAUAGUUCACUCUCAAAGGAACUCCAUGGC